GCGGGAGAUGGCGGCGGCUGGUUGCGGUGACGGCGAGGGCCGGCGGCUGCCGCCCCGCUCGCUCACAGAACCGACGCUGCACACCGUGGAGAUGCACACGGGCGGCGAACCGUUGCGGGUCAUCCCGCGGUUGGAAGCGAUGGAAGAAGCGGCGGCGGCCGGGAUGUCGCUGCUGGCGCUGCGGCGGCACAUGGCGGCCACGCAGGAUCACGUGCGGCGGGCGCUGAUGCACGAGCCGCGGGGCCACGGCGGCAUGUACGGGGCCGUGGUGGUGCGCGGCGGGGCGGCCGCCGACGGUGCCGACCUGGCGGUGAUCUUCCUGCACGGCUCCGGCUACAGCGCCAUGUGCGGCCAUGCCGUGCUGGCCCUCGGCCGCUUCGCCCUCGACUUCGGGUUGGUGGCAGCCCCGCAGCGCCCAGAGACCGCCGUGCGCCUGCGCUGCCCCUGCGGCCCCGUCACCGCCUUCGUGCCCUGGGAUGGGUGUCACAGCGGUAACCCCGUCCGCUUCCACAGCGUGCCUGCCUUUGCCGCUGCCACCGACGUGGCCAUCGAUGUCCCAGGUCGUGGCAGGGUGGUGGUUGACAUCAGCUACGGUGGCACUUUCUAUGCCUUUCUCAGCGCGGAGCAGCUGGGCCUCGACGUGUGCUCCUCAAAGACCAGAGACCUCGUUAGCGCAGCCAGCGCGGUGACGGAGGCAGUGAAGGAGCAGUUCAAGCUGCAUCACCCUGAGAGUGAAGACCUGGCUUUCAUCUAUGGCACCAUUCUGACAGAUGGGAAGGAUGCCUUCAGCGAGGAGCCCACCACCAACAUCUGUGUGUUUGCAGAUGAACAGGUGGACCGAAGCCCAACAGGCUCUGGCGUGACAGCUCGCAUUGCCCUGCAGUACCAUAAGGGACUCAUCCAGCUGAACCAGAGCAGGACCUUUCGGAGCAGCACCACAGGGUCCUUGUUCACAGGGAAGGCAGUAAAGGAAGCCAGGUUCAGGGACUACAACGCCGUUGUGGUGGAAGUCUCAGGGGAAGCCUUUUAUACCGGCACGGCCACCUUCACUGUGGAAGAGGAGGACCCGCUGAAGCACGGGUUCUCCUUCAAGUGACCCGAGGCACUGCACUGUCUCAGUCACUGAUGCUCCUCCUGCCCGUGCACUGCUCUGCUUCUCCCUGUGGCCCGGCGCAGUGUGCAGAGCAGCUGGACCGACCUUGGCUGCUGCCGUAACAGCUACUGCUGUCCUUGAGGAUGACAGGUGUUCCUCUGCAGUGCUUGCUGGGAGCUUGCUUAGGAGAUCUGUCUUCAAAUUUCUGUGCCUUAUUUACAUUUUCAGAUUAUUCAGAUUCCUAUUAAAUGCCAGCUGAAAACA